CACCCUUUUGUCAAAAGAAACAAAAAGAUGCAUCUUUCUCUUCCUCUCACCCAUUAUUGCGGCCAGCCCCAAGGAAAGGAGAGGAGAGAGCUCUGAAACCCCAUCUCCCAUAGUUGAACUCGAGCCCAAUCUCAAACAAGAGAAAGAAAGAAGUUUAAGGGAGAAAAAGUGAGCAAAAGGUGUGAAUAAUUAAGGAACUUGUAAAGGGUAUUUAAAGUGAUUUCACAAAGUUGGAAGAGUCGCCGGAGUUGUCGCCGGAGUUGACCAAAAGUCGCCGGAGUUUCACCGGAGUUCAACCAAGAAGGGUAGAACUUCAUAACGCUAGUUCAAGGUUGAAGCUAGGGCUUGCUACUUGCACCUUCUCACGGGUGAUAUCAAAUCAGGAAGACGUGAAAUGGAGGGUAAGCGAAUGGCAACAAGGAAUGACCCUAAGGGACAAGCGUCGGUAGCUUACCUUGAGGCUAGCCGGGCUGUGUCACGAGCCAUUACGGGGAGAGGAAUAGGCCAUGGGGUCCGUGAGGGCCGCCAAGCGGCAAACGCUAAUCAAGUGGGCUCGAUGUGUAACAUGAACACCAGGAGGAACGAACGUAGGCGUCAGGCGAGGCGAGAUCGGGCCACCUCCCAACGUGAUAUGACUGUCAGCCAAACCCAUCCUUGGGCAAACGACCAAGGAGGAGAAAGCACUCUUACGGCACCGGCAUCACCGGUGAAAAAGAAAAGGAACUCAAAGUGGCACACGUCCCUUCCUUACUCCUUAAGACCAUCCAAAUGUUCUAAUUGCUCUAAGAAACAUUUUGGAAAGUGCAACGAGCCCCCGAUGUGCUACAAAUGUGGGAGCACAACCCAUAUGAAAUUAAGUUGCCCAUGGAGGAGGCAACGAGAGACAUUGCAAGCCGAGGAAGGGCUCACCGUGGAAGGAAACCAUACGGAACCAACGAUGAGCAAUGCUACGUCCGUCAAUCAAGGCGGGGCCCAAGCAAAGGUCUACGCAAUGACCGAGGCGGAUGCGAGAGCAAACCCGGACUCCGUUGCAGGUUGAAGCUAGGGCUUGCUACUUGCACCUUCUCACGGGUGAUAUCAAAUCAGGAAGACGUGGUUCGUGCUUCCUUAUUUUCUUUCAAACUACCGAACACUUGCUCAUGGAUAUUUGUUCUACUAUAAACUAUUUUUGGGGCUUGUAUGCCCAUGUUGUUGGCCGGUUGUGGCUUAUGACUUACCAUUGAAUAUUUCCGC